GUCACGUUCUCCUAGCGCUUAAUGAUAAGCUUACUUGCCCUAAAUGCGACACGGCCCGAGUCUUCUUAACUUUAUCCUGCAUGUGUGCCAAAUUUGCAUCAAGGCUGCAGCCAUUAACAAGAUCGAACGAGCAGCUUCAAGUUGAUAGUAUGAAAUUGGGAUACGCAGUGUCAUUCGUCAAACCAUGCUGACGCAUGGAUCUGUAGGGAUGAUCAGUCAGCUGGACCAUGAAUAUCGCUAUUUGAGUGUUGAUGAGAUAGGAAGCGAGCAAACUACGCGGCCGUGACCCACUACCCCAUGUCACUGCAAUAUACCGGUUCGUCGACGUUCUACACUGAACUCGCUGAAAUCCCCCUUCCAGUAUCCGCUGAUUUCAUUGGUGAUACUCGAGUUCCACGGGUUACAUAUUCCGUUCGCGAUCAUGACCGAAACAGCAAACGAUAUCUCACAAAGACUUUCGACGAUCAAUGCACGACCUCUCACGAUUCAUCCGAAGUAAAGGCGUCCGCGACAUCUCCUUCUAAAUGUCGCCAAGCGAUCCUAAGAGAGGUCGCUAAUAGCAAACGAUUCGUCGAGAUCUGGGCUGGCACCCAGUUAGAAGCUUCAUUGGACGUAUCAAACUACCAUCAAGCUUUCCUCACAGAUGAUUUCCUAUACUCUCUCUCUUUCUCACCCUCCGAAACUUCCCUCUUAUACACUGCCGAGGCAUCUGUCAACACUGAAGACGAUCCAUACAACAAAUUCAGAUACACGCCCCACUUCGGUGAUACCUCGCGCACAAAGAAACGUCCGACCAUCUUUUUAUUUAGCUGGACUAGAUCUCCCGCCUUCACAAGAGCGACUAAACAAGACUUGACCCUUGUCGCCCUCCAGCCCACCACCCAAUCACCCAUCCUAUUCGCCCAAGCCACAUUCGCAACAGAAGACACCAUCUUCGCAACCGGUCACGAACAAACCAAAGACGGUCGCAUCCUCGGCGCAAAAGGAUGCUUCAACCGUCCCAUGGGCAUCUGGCAACUCACUCUCUCAAAAACCUCACUCGGCUCCCCAUCCGCAUCAAGACUCACUCCCGAAACCAGAUCCUGCCGUUCCCCCCGCGUCUUAUUCCACAACAACCAGCCCAUCAAUCUCUUCUGGUUCUCAAACCCCAUAGGCGGCCCUCACGCAUCAUGCGUCUCUCUCGAAUCCAGGGAUCUCCUCACAGGCACCAACACUGUCCUCGUACCAACCGUAUUCGAACCUACCCCAUCAGACGACUUUCCGGGCCUCUACACCGAGUACAACAUGCCAGCGAGCCCAUUUCUCAGGCGCACAGAUCGCGUGUACAUUGUUCUUCAGUCCAUAUGGCGCUCUCGCACAACUAUCCUCUUCAUCGAUGCACAAUCAGGAGAAAUCACAGACGCGACGAAACUAGGCGACGGACCGUUGUAUAGCUGGACUUUACACGCUACCGAUAACAACAGUCGGUUUAUUUGUUCGCGGAGCACGCCUACUACCCCUUGGGAGGUCUUAUUAGGAUCGUUCGAUCGAUACGAUACCCUUGAAUGGAAAGUCCUCGAUAAAGCAUUGUUGUCUUCUACGAUCAAAGAAGCCCUCGACGACCUAACGCCAUCGAUCAUACCCAUCACCAUCCGCGCACCAACGGAAACACUCCUCAUCCAGUCCAAGAGGGCUUCUAUGAGUGGUGGUUCUAAGCCGGUGUGCGUCACUAUCCCGCAUGGAGGACCUCAUGCGACCUCGACUACCUCAUUUUUUCCGGCUGUUGUCGCAUUAGCGCUUGAAGGAUACACCCUCAACAUACCCAAUUACACUGGCUCCAUGGGAUUCGGUCAAAAGUACAUUCAGAAGAUCCUCGGACACUGCGGGAGCAUGGACGUCGAAGACGUCGCCGAAAGUGUGAGGGAACUGAUCAGAAGGGGCGUUUCAGAGGAAGGAAGACAGGUGGUGAUGGGAGGCAGUCAUGGCGGGUUUAUCGCUGCACAUCUGAUAGGCCAAUACCCUACCCUAUUCAACGCAGCAUCGAUCCGCAACCCCGUGAUCUCAGUAGGCGAAUUCGCAACGGGGACUGAUAUUCCCGAUUGGGUUUAUUCUGAAUUCGGGAUCUCACCCACCGGCUCUGACUCCGACUCACUCACGUUACCCACAUCCAACUCCGUCCCAUUGCUAACGCCAACGCCCACACUUCCACUAAUGACUCCAGACGCAUAUAGUACCCUCUUCGCCGCAUCCCCAAUCGCGCACGUCGACGAUGUAACAGCACCGGUGCUGAUAUUGAUAGGCGAGGAUGAUUUGAGGGUCGUUCCGGGGCAGGGGAUUGGGUUUUAUCAUGCGAUCAAGGGGAGACGUGAGUUUCGGACUGGGAAGGAGAGUGAAACGGGGAAGAAAAAGAAGAAAGGGAUAGUAGAUAUGCUGUCUUUUCCUGGAGAGUCGCAUGCGAUCGAUGGAGUCGAAGCUGCGAGGGUUUCGUUCGAGGCUACGAGGGAUUGGUUCAAGGCAUUUGGGGAGGGCGGUUAGUUGUGCGUGCGUGUGUGUAUGGCAAAGCGAAGGAUGUUGUGAAAAAUAGAAGGUUAAUGUAGAACGGAACAUUGAAAGAUUCGAGAUACUCAUUGCCACGAAUAUAAUCUGAGGGAACUCGAUAUUCGAUAUUCAACCAUGACUCUAAGGGAUGAGCUGGUCAUCUGAAGUUGUGUCGCUGCUGGCUUCAGAAGAGUUUCUACCUAUUAAACGUUGAGUGGGGUCCAGAAAAGAAAGAUAGUCAUCGGCUGGUGUAGCUACUUGUAUAUAUGUAUCUCUAG